CAGGAGAGGGUUAAGAUGUCGGGAAAAGUUAAAGCCCGUUCUUCAGCCAAUUCCUCUGAUUCUGCCACGCAAACGGUCAAUGAAAAGAUUUUGAGAGAAUGUCACAGUUUGUACAUCGAUCCUGAAAAUGGACUGGUCAGAAUUGGAGAAGACCUGGGCCUGUCUCUAUUGGCACCGAGAAAGAAAAUAACAGUAUUAUUAAUUGGUAAUCAUUCAGCUGGCAAGAGUUCCUUUAUAAACUGGUAUGUGGAAGAACAUGUUCAGAGAACUGGUGUUGCCAUAGAAACACAGGGUUUCACUUUUGUCACUAGUGGACGAAAACGAGAAUCUUUAACAGGAAAUGCAACAUUACAUCUGUAUCCCCAUUUUGAACCUCUACGUCAGAUUGAAGGUGUUAUUGAUUAUUUAACAACUGAGAUCUCCACAUCAAAACAGAAGAAGUUUAGUUUGGUGACGUUUGUAGAUACUCCUGGUUUAGUGGAUGGUGAUAUGAAAUAUCCCUUCGAUGUCAAUGAUUCUAUUGCCUGGCUUGGAGACUUAGCCGAUCUGAUCUUUGUUUUCUUUGAUCCUAUUGGUCAAGCAUUAUGUAAAAGAACAUUGAAUAUAGUGGAGAGAUUAAAUGAGAAGCAUGCUGAACGCAUUAGGUUUUAUCUUAGCAAGGCUGAUGAGGCAGGGCAUGAGAGUGAUAGACAGAGGGUAAUGAUGCAGAUUGUACAAGAACUGUGUAAAAGACCAGGGUUAAAUAAAACCGGGUUUGAUAUGCCUACAAUAUAUGUACCAUCUCUCAAUAAUAAGGGUAGUCGAUGUGCCAAUCAGAUAGAAGAAGUAUGUAAAGAUGUAGAAAAAACUAUCAACCAAACAAUUCAAACAACAUUAAAUCAGUUAGAGAAAAACUGUGAUCAAAUUGCUCUUUUAGUAGAAGAUAAACUCUCACAGAACGAUCAACAAGCGUCUGCUAAUUUAAAAGCGAGAUUACGUGGUAUAUGUUACAGUAUGUUUGGCUUGUUAUUACCGUUACUAUUAUUAGCAACAUUUCUCAUUAGUACAUCUCAUCAAUUAUUAAGUUCUGUAUUAGGAGAGUCUAUAGUUCUAACACUUACUGUCUAUCUGGGUCCUCUCGCUAAGUUAUGGCAGAAGAUACCAGAUUCCUAUACCAACCAUGUUAUUAUUGGAAUACUGUGUCUAGCCUUUAUAUUUCUAUUGAUAGCUAAACUCUUCUCUAGAACUAAACCUACAUUAAGUAGGAAACAGAAACGAAAUCUACUGGAAGUGAGAGACUAUGUUCAAAAUGUUGUCAAGUCUAAAAAGCAAACUUUAUAUCAAGAAUAUCUUCAACAGAGUGUAGCAGAGCAUGAUAUGUAAUAUGUUCAAAAUGGAUGGAUUGGGAUUGGUAACUUGUUACUAAACCACGCAACUGGUUAUUAAAUUGAGUGACUUGUAAUUGAAUUGAGUGACUUGUUAUUGAAUCGAGUAACUUGUUAUUAAAUUGAGUAACUUGUUAUUGAAUCAAGUGACUUGUUAUCUAAUUGAGUAACUUGUUAUUAAAUUGAGUGACUUGUUAUUGAAUUGAGUGACUUGUUAUUGAAUCGAGUGACUUGUUAUUGAAUCGAGUAACUUGUUAUUAAAUUGAGUAACUUGUUAUUGAAUCAAGUGACUUGUUAUCUAAUUGAGUAACUUGUUAUCAAAUUGAGUAACUUGUUAUCAAAUUGAGUAACUUGUUAUUGAACUCAAGUUACUUGUUAUUAAAUUGAGUAACUUGUUAUUGAAUCAAGUGACUUGUUAUCUAAUUGAGUAACUUAUUAUCAAAUUGAGUAACUUGUUAUCAUUGGAAUGGAUACGGAUAUGGAUUAUGAUAUUGUUUAUUUUACU